AACAAUAAUACUAUUUGUAUGUUACAUAGCUGGAUAUGAGAGAAGUCUACCCUGCUAUAUGACUGAGCUUCAUGAGUUCUCUGCCCUAGGAGACGAGGAGGCAGUUCAGGAUCUUAUCUAUAGAGGUGUGAAUGUGAGCGAGAAGGACGUAGAGUGGGGAGGCAGGACUCCGUUACACUGGGCUGUCACUAAUGGACAUUACUUCGUCACUAAGAGCCUUAUUUAUGCAGGUGCCAGUAUCAAUGCUAGAAUGAAUAACGGGUGGACACCUUUACACUGCGCUGUGGAAGCUGGGCACAAGAAGAUAGCACAGCUCUUGCUAGACAGUGGCAGCCACCCCUUCGCCAGCGACAGAUUCAAUGAUACCCCCUUCGAUGUUGCCAGAAUCUACAAGCGGGAGGAGAUACUCGAAGUACUGGAAAAGCAUACCAUGUCGCACGCUGACAGCUUGACUCUGGAAGAAGAGGAGAAGAAAUUAGAACUGGAGGAAGAUUUCGGGUUCUUGGCAGAUCCGGGUUCUCCAGAACCAACUCAAUGACAUUUGUAAUAACACACCACUACCAUACUAGUACUCUAUUUAAUCAUAUUUAAUCAGAAUAUGUACAUAUUUGUUAAUAUUUUUAUCCCUUAAAUGUUUUAAGCAUGCUUUGAUUUUAUAUGUUGACAUAAUUUAUUCGACCUUAAAUAACCGUAAAUUUUAUAAUUUUUAUAAGGUUUUUUAAGAAAUUUGUACAGCUUAUCACCAAACGCCUGCACUGCUUUAAUCCGAAACUCGUAAUUACUGGAUAUAUACAGUUAACUUUUCUCCCUAUGCAACAUGCAAGAACCCGAAGAAUUUAUGGAUCGCACAAACUACGAUAAAGUCUUAUUUGUAGUCGAUGUCUGAUGAUCGUUUGAACAUUAGUGACUUGAUAAAUUUGCCAAGUAUUACUUUCAAAGAAUUGGGUAUUGAUGAACUUGUUAUGAGUUAUAAAAGUCUAAAACCUUGGUAAUUUGCACUUAAAACAAAUAGAUAUUACGCACUCAAGAGCAGACGUCGUGUUGGGUUUCCCUUAUUGCUUGCUGAAUUGCAGUUAUUAGUUCAGUUAUGUGAUUUGAUCAGACUGCUUGAAACCACUAGCGAUAGUUCUCUGCCAUCUAACUACCUGAUAUGAUACUUUUUGUCAUGACACUGUACAUGUACAGUGACUAAGUCGCGUGGCAGCAUUAAGUAUAUAUACUAUUCAAAUAAAGUAUUUAAAAUAUAUAUGUUACACACACUUUGAAUAGUAAUUGAUGAUUUAUAUUGUAAUUUAGAAAGUAGUUCAAGUUUAGAAGAUUCGUAAUUUCAAAUCACUUCUUCAACAGAAAACAGAAUUUUGAAAUUUAAAAAUUUGAUAAUAGUAUAAUAUCAUUUAUUUUGCUCUCAAAAUGGAUGUUAUUCUCA